AUGGUUUGGCUUUUUAAAGUUUGCAAUUUCCUUUUAUUUUUGAUAUUUACGAAAAAUAUAAAAUUAUGCACAACAAUAAAACCUACUUUUGUUAGAGAUGGAGAACUAGUUUCUAAAAGCAAUUUUCCAUAUCAGGUAUUCAUAUAUAGUACUGCAGAUAAGGAAAAAGAUCAAUUUUGUGGUGGCUCAAUUUUAAAUAAUAGUUUUGUAGUAACAGCGGCUAAUUGUUAUCUGGGUGCCGAUUGGACCCAUUACGUAUUUGCAGGUGAAUUCAAUUUGACGCUACAAAUAAAUUCAAUUAAAAGUAACACUUUUGAGCAUGAAAUUGGAAAAUCUAUAUUUUUAGUGGAUAAAUUUAUAGUCCAUAACGGUUGGAAUGAAAGUUCUUUGACACAUGAUAUUGCUUUAAUAAAGAUACAAGGAAAAUUCUGGGCAGGAGAGUUUACAACUUCCAUUACGCCAAUUGGUAUUAUUGAUCAUGAAGUUAGAGGAAACACUAUAUUUAAUGUUUCUGGUUGGGGAUACACAGAGGGUGAUUCAGGUGGUCCGGCUGCUGUAAAUGGUAAAUUAGCUGGUAUUGCAUCAGUUGUUUCCAUGUUAUAUGUGGACGGAGUUGUAAUUUGUAUUCCAGGUGGAAUAAAUUUAUAUUCGGAUGCAUAUUUUUAUAGAAAUUGGAUCCUAUAUAAUGAUGCAUUCUAA